AAGGCACCUCUUCACCUUAUUUCUCUCUUACACUUUCUUUCUUCAAACUCCAUAACAAAACAAAAAAAAAAACAGAGAGAUCCAUAAUGUGCGACUCAGCUUCUCUUUCUCGUUGUUCCUCAUACGAGACAGACUCUGAGAUCUUCACCAGCUCCAGCUCAUGCUCCUCCUACAGUGAAUCUGAAGAAGAGUUCGAGAAUGCUUUUGGUGGUGAGUCGCUGCAAGAAACCAAGAAGUUGGAGAAGAAGAAGAAGAGCAGUGUGUUGCUUGAAGGUUACGUUGUUGAUGAUUUGAAGAGGACAAAGAGUUUAACGGACGAUGAUCUCGAGGAGCUUAAAGGUUGUGUAGAUCUCGGCUUUGGUUUCAACUACGAGGAGAUUCCUGAGCUUUGUAAUACUUUGCCUGCUCUUGAGCUUUGUUACUCGAUGAGUCACAAGUUUAUGGAUCAAGAUCAUCACCACCACCAUACUUCUUCCCCUGAGAAGAUUGAAUCUCCUAUAGCUAGCUGGAAGAUCUCUAGUCCUGGGGACAGUCCUGAUGAUGUCAAAGCAAGGUUGAAGUUUUGGGCACAAGCUGUGGCAUGCACCGUAAGAUUAUGCACUUGAGAUUUGGAUUUUGAAGCAUUCAAAUGGGUGAGAGAAAGAAGACGAUGAAACAACAUAAUUGCUGCAUGCAGGAAUGAUGUCUCUUUAUAUUAGGCUGUUCUCUUUCAGCUUUUUAUUUUUGAGACUGACCUGCUUGAAAGAAACACCCAUUUGUUGUUGUAUGAGCUAUGUUCAGGGAUGUAUAAAAAAGCUUAGAGAUUUUGCUAGGAAAAUGUCUUGUAAUGCUUUUUUUUAAUAAUAAAGAUUUAAUUCUUAUUACAAA